AUGGUAAACACAUUGGACCAAUGGGUGAAGGACUACACAAGGUAUGAGAAGUGUCGCAAAUAUCUCAUUCCGAAAGAAGAAUAUUUCCAAAUUAUUGAGGACAUUCGUACAACUAGUGAAAGGAAGAACACUAAGAGUCGCCAUCAAUACUACCUUCUGAGUAAAUAUGAAGUGCUACAGUGUGGUGAUAUUGAGAAACUUAUUAAGAAACGACAAACCCCAGAUGAAACACCAGUGUACUAUGUCUCCAUUGAAGACACUUAUGACAUAGUUAAGAGGGCCCAUGUUGCAACUGGGCACGGUGGUCGAGAUAGAAUGACUAGAGAACUCCAAGUGAAAUACGCCAAUAUUCAGCGGGAUACAGUUGAACUAUUCAAAUCGUUGUGUCAGGAAUGCCAGAAAAAGAGAAAGCGACCAAUGACAAAGGGAGUUGUGGUUAAACCUAUUCUGACUAGUGAAUUUUCAUCACAUGGGCAGGUAGAUCUCAUUGACAUGCAGUCUAUGUCGUGUAGAACUUACAAAUGGAUUAUGGUUUACCAAGACCACUUAACAAAGUUUUGCGUUCUGCGUCCACUCAAAUCAAAGUGUGCAGCUGAAGUAGCAUUCCAACUAGCUGAUAUUUUUCUUCUCUUGGGGGCUCCUGUAAUUCUUCAAUCAGACAAUGGUUCUGAGUUUACUGCUCAGAUCAUUACUGAACUGUGUUCCAUGUGGCCUGAAUUAUCCAUCGUUCAUGGUAAGCCAAGACACCCACAGAGUCAAGGCUCUGUGGAGAGAGCAAAUGGUGACAUAAAGGACAUGCUUGUUGCUUGGAUGGCUGAUAAUAACUCAACGGACUGGGCAACGGGCAUAAAAUUUGUUCAAUUCUCCAAGAAUUCUGCCUAUCACGCAGGGAUCAAGAGGAGUCCAUAUGCUGCAAUGUUUGGUGUGAAUGCCAGAGUCGGACUGACAUCAACAUCACUUCCACAUGAAAUCAUCAGUUCCCUGCAGUCUGAACAAGACCUUGUAACCUUGCUUCAAGAAAGAGAAACUGAUACCAACAAUCCUGAAACAGAAAGUACAGUCCACGAACCAGUCGCAACCGAAAUUAACGAGGAUGAGCAAGAAAUUGAUGUCAACUCCCAGCGUAUAGCUGCCAGUGAACCAGAACAAGAACAAGAACAUGAACCUGUAUCCCCUCAUCACUCUGAUCUUGAUCAACUGCAACACAGCAUCAACUCCCAACGUAUAGCUGCCAGCGAAUCCCAGAAACAACAAGCGGAGCGUAUGGUGAAGAAGCCGAAUAGAGUUAAAAUACACCUCACUGGGACACAAGACACAAGACACCACUGGUGGACCUACUCCCCCAACCAGGCACUGGACACAGCCAUCACCAGACUCAGAAUCGGCCACACCCGCCUCAAUGCCCACCUACGCAGGCUGGGCAUGACUGACUCUCCCCACUGCCCUGGUGCCCUACCCAGCCUGACACCCCAGAACACCUGCUGCUGCACUGCCCUCGGCACCACUCACACCGUGUGGCCCUCCUCCACUCAGUGUCUGGGAUAUGAUAGAGUUAUUUAA